GCAUAUCAUAUCACUCAGUCGUGUAGGCUAUAAUAAUUCACUUUCGCUACAUGUGCAGCUUUCUCUUGUCCCUCAUGUGUCCUUACAGCGAAAUAUUUUGACAAUGUUAUUCUCCACCUGUGGUGAUGAUGGGUCCAUCGGUCCUGGGGUUUCGGGCUGCCGUGACGACUUUGACUUUACAGUCCUUUUCGAGAUUGCCUUCUUUUCUCUCACACCGUCAGCUCUCUUCAUAGUUCUAUCGAUAUGGCGUUCCGUUGUAUUGGCUCGGAGGCCAGUUAUGGUAAAUGCACCAGUGCUGCAGCUCGUCAAACUGUGCGCUAUUACAGCAUAUGUAGGCUUACAGCUGGCUCUACUAGUUCUGGUCAGUAUAGGGCCAUUAAAUGCCUUGGGCCUGUUCAUAGCCUCUACUGCAUUGACUUUCGGAGCUGCUGUAUGCAUGGUCGGGCUUUCCUGCCUUGAUCACAGCAGAUCGCCGCGACCGUCAAUGCUGCUCAGCGGAUACCUUUUUCUCACACUUCUGUUUGACAUGGCAGAAACUCGUACUUUCUGGCUCGCCUCAGAAACACGGUCUGAGUUAGCAUACACAGCGGUAUUUACAGCAACGAUGACUAUCAAGGUGAUCUUACUCGUUCUUGAAGCACAACACAAAACCAAAUGGGUCAACUGGGAUGAAAAAGAUCCCCACAGUCCCGAAGAAACAUCAGGAAUUUUUGACUUGGGAGUCUAUUUCUGGCUCAACUCGCUUUUCGUAAACGGUUAUCGAAAGAUUCUACAGGUAAAAGAUUUGUAUCCUCUUGAUCAUGCAAUGAGAGGACAACGGCUACACGAUCAAUUUCAGGCGCGUUUAUCUUAUAACAAACUAAAAGGCACCAAGUAUGGUCUUGUGAAAGUAUUAUGUCGCACAUUAACUUUUCCACUAUUGCUGCCAGUCCUCCCACGUUUGGUCCUCAUCGGUUUCACCUUCUGUCAACCCUUUUUCAUCAAUCGACUUCUCAGUUAUCUGUCCGGCGGCGAGGCAGAAGCUUCGCCGAACACCGGAUCUGGACUCAUCGCAGCGAGUGCCUUCAUAUUCACGGGAAUUGCCAUAUCAACGGCAAUUUACCAAUACCUACACCACCGGUCCCUUCAGAUGGUCAGAGGAUGCCUCGUGACUGCCGUAUAUACGAAAGCAACCGAGGCACAAGUUACUGCCAACGAAGAAUCUGCUUCUUUGACUCUCAUGAGUAGUGACAUCGAACGUAUCCGCGUAGGAUUUCGAACAUUACAUGACAUGUGGGCCAGUGUCAUUGAAGUAGCUCUCGCCAGCUGGCUGCUAUACAAUCAGCUCGGCGUCGCAUUUCUGGCACCAAUCAUAGUCGUGAUUGUUUGCUCGUUGGUUACAUUAUACAUGGUUCGAUUUACUGGGCCAUCACAAAAGCGGUGGAUGGCAUCUGCGCAGAAGCGUGUUGGUCUAACUGCAGCAGUGAUUGCGGAUAUGAAGAACCUCAAGAUUUCUGGCCUAACGAUGCCUGUGGGCGAAUUUGUGCAGCGGUUACGAUUGGAAGAAUUGGUGGCCAGCGGACGUUUUCGACUUCUCAUCAUAGCCGCCGUCUUUGUCGGCCACUGUCCACUAUACUUGUCUCCAAUCUUUACAUUCGCUGUGGCUCAGACGUCUCUGGACACGACAAAAAUAUUCACCUCUCUAUCAUAUCUUACUCUACUAUGCAAUCCUCUGACACAGAUUUUCCAAAAUGUUCCACAACUCAUCGCCUCACUUGCUUGUAUCCAUCGAAUACAGCUGUUUCUCGAAUUGGACUCUCGCUCCGAUAUCAGAGAGGCUAUGCUGGCUUCACGUCCGAUUUCUCAAACGGAGACUAUCGAUUACAAAAAGCAAUCUGAGGUUGCCUCCACGGAUUAUGCCUUGACUGUCAGAGGUGGAAACUUUGGGUGGAACGAUGAUAAAAAUGUUCUCAACAACGUCAACAUCACUAUCCCCAAGCAUUCAUUCACCAUUGUCUGUGGACCAAUCGGUUCAGGGAAGUCGACAUUGUGCAAAGCUUUGUUGGGCGAGUUACCGGCAUCGGGCGGGUCCAUCACAGCUGGAACGAGCCUUUCUCGACUGGCCUAUUGUGACCAAUCGCCAUUCCUAUCGAACGGGUCAAUUCGGGACAACAUAAUCGGCUUCAGUCCUUUCGAUCCAAGUCGGUACUCCGAUGUGAUCAAUGCCACGAUGCUCGCAUUUGAUAUCGACACAAUGCCUGCUGGCGACCGCACGAACGUUGGGAGCAAUGGUAUUACACUUUCCGGUGGCCAGAAACAGCGUGUUGCUUUGGCACGCGCUUUGUACCUACAGACGGAUUUAUUGAUCUUUGAUGAUGUAUUCAGCGGACUGGAUGCCGAUACCGAAGAACAGGUUUUCAGCCGCGUUUUCGGAGUUGAUGGAAUUCUACGACGUCGACGGGCGACUUGCAUAUUAUGUACUCAUUCAGUACGCCACUUGCCUGAUGCGGAUCAUAUCAUCGCUCUUGGCCCUGACGCCACUAUCGCAGAGCAGGGCACCUUCGUGGAUUUGAUGGAGGAUGAAAAAAGCUACGUGUAUAGCCUAGGCGUAAAGACAUCUUCCAGUAGUGUAUCACUGGAUGAUUCUGACGUGGACAUGGACCAUCCUGACGGUAGGCCACGUACACUCGAUCGGGCUGCGACCACAUCUUCGGCCUUAUCAAAUCCUGGCGAAAAGAGCCGUCAGAUCGGCGACCGAGGAGUCUAUAAGCAUUACUUCAAGUCCAUGGGGUACUUUCUCGUCGCGUCCAUCGUAUCUUGGUCUCUUGCUUUUGGAUUCUUCAAUAACUUUCCCACGAUCUGGCUAAAAUUUUGGUCGGAAGAUUUAUCAAAACCCAACUCAUCGCGAUCUUUUGGUUAUUAUGUCGGCAUAUAUACUCUACUCAACGUCAGCGCUUUACUGUCUCUAAUAGGCCUGGCAGUAGCGGUGCUUUACGUGGCUGUGAAAAGAAGUGGUGCUAGUUUGCACAACGAUGCUUUACGAACAUUGAUCAAAGCUCCUCUGGGAUUUUUCACCAGCACAGAUCAAGGUCAGAUCAUUAAUUUGUUCAGUCAAGAUAUAAAUCUCAUCGACACUGAGCUCCCAACUUCUAUCUUAAACGUGGUGGCCUGCGUAUUUGUCGCAAUUGGACAAGCAGCCGUACUAGUUACGACAUCACCCUAUAUUGCUAUCAGCUAUCCCUUCUUAGUCGCUCUUCUGUGGAUGAUCGGUCGGUUCUAUCUCAGAACCUCGAGACAGAUGCGACUGCUAGACUUGGAGACUAAGGCUCCAUUAUUUACACACUUUCUGGACACAACUAAGGGCAUAAUCACAUUGCGUGCUUUUGGGUUUGUGUCAGAAGAUCGAGCAAAGAAUAUUGAGCUCCUCGAUAUUUCGCAGCGGCCAGCCUAUUUGAUUCAGAUGAUCCAGAAUUGGUUGAACCUGGUUCUUGGCCUCGUAGUCAUGGCAAUGGCUGUUCUUCUGACUGCACUUGCCGUUAAGACGCACUCGAACUCCGGCUUCACUGGAGCAUCUUUAGUAACUCUAAUGUCAUUUGGCGAGCAGCUCACUGUAAUUGUAAUGUUUAUGACACAGCUCGAAACUAGCCUUGGAGCUGUGGCCAGGUUGAGGAAUUUUAAUGCCACUGUUCAGCCAGAAGACAAGCCCGAUGAGGAUAUUAUCCCCCCUAACGAAUGGCCUCAAAGAGGGUCAGUAGAAUUUCAAGGUGUAUCAGCAAGUUACGGCGUCGUAGAUGGUGAUGGGGUUGAGGAGAAGCCCGAACUUGCUCUCCGCGACAUAAAUCUAAGCAUCUCCGCUGGAGAACGAGUAGCUAUUUGCGGGCGGACCGGUAGUGGUAAAUCGUCCCUCAUUGCGCUCAUUCUCAAGCUUUUGGACCCUGUUGCGGAAACGGCUAGCAACAUUUUUAUAGACAGUAUGGCACUUCACAAAAUCGAUCGCUCUAUUCUUCGCCAGAGGAUCAUAGCCGUUCCACAGGACGCAGUCUUUCUUCCAGAUGGGUCUACAUUCCGAGCGAACCUAGACCCUUUCGAUGUGGCAAACCCAGCUGAUUGUCGGUCGGUUCUCGAAGUCGUCGAUCUAUGGACGUUCAUUGAGGAGCGGGGUGGGCUAGAAGCUGGGAUGAGUCCUGGAACGUUCAGCCAAGGCCAACGGCAACUCUUCUCCCUUGCCCGUGCAGUGCUGAGGCGGCGAAUUCGUGCCAAGAGUCUUGGAAUUGGCGGCGGCGGAUCUGAGGGCGGAGUCUUGUUACUUGACGAGGUCAGUUCGAGCGUAGAUCAGGAAACCGAACGGACGAUGCAAGAAAUCAUUCGCAUCGAGUUCAAGGAUUAUACAGUAAUUGCUGUUUCUCACCGCCUUGAAAUGGUUAUUGAUUUUGAUCGGGUCGUGGUUAUGGACAAGGGCGAGAUCGUCGAGGUUGGAAGUCCUAGAGUAUUGUCUGGUGAUAUUUCGACACGAUUUGGUGAGCUUUGGCGGGCUGGAGGAUAUUGAUAGUCGUUAUACGCGAUGCGCGCAAGCCACAAACGGGAUGAAUACAGACAUUUGCAAAUUAGCGUGAUGUACUGAUUAGAUAUAUGUCUACUCUAUGAAGUGGAACGUCAACUUUUUGUAUUGAUUAGACGGAACCGUAGUGGCGCAAAAGGUGUGAACAAGCAAGCGCCUGUUGCUGGUUUGGCAAGAAUACCCUCCUGGUGGGCCCAUUUGCGC